ACGAAUCGUGAUAGAAUCACUUUGUUGAACCUCGCACGACUUGAUACAGUGAAACCCGAGAAGUGAAAAUGAAUUUUCAAUCGCAUAGUGAGAAAGAGUAUAACACCCUCAUUAAGCCAAUAAUGCUCACCGCGAAAAUAAUUUCAAUUUGGCCAUUAGCAGAGAACAGCAGCCGAGGAACGAUAUUGUUCAGAAAAUUCCACCUAUUUUCUAUGUUUCUCUUGGUGGUAGUGAUGUCGAUCGCGGUGACGGCCGAUGUGAUUCACAAUCUGGACGAUCUAGACGAGGCAACGGAAUGUGCCUUGAUUUGUACAGCCUUCUAUCUUUGCAUCGUUCGUUUGAUAGUUUAUACGAUUCAUCAGAAGGAUAUGUUAUACGUUGUGAACACGAUGAGGGAGGAUUGGAUCAGUUCCUCCUCCGAGGAUAGGAUCGUUUUAGAAGAGAAGACAAUGUUCGCCUAUCGCCUCGCCAAAUACUUCAUCAGCACUGUGGCUAUUACAAUUGUAUUAUUCAUGUGCGUUCCGAUCUUGGAAAUUUACGUGUUUAAUGGGAGCGAGAAGAUACUUCCUUUCCGGGGUUAUUUUAUCAUCAAUCAAACAGUGUCGCCGGUCUUCGAGUGCCUGUAUUUGUUUAACGUAACAGCGGGUGGUUUUGGUGGAAGCAUGAUCGCAGGAGCCACUAGUUUCAAUCUGAUAGUGAUAAUGCACGGUUCGGCCAAGUUUGCGGUUCUCCGGAAAAGACUGGAGGCUUUUAAGGGCAACGAUCCUAGUUCCGGUUUCGUCAUGGCGGACUGCGUGCAUCGACAUCAGCAAGCCAUAGAAUACGCGGAUGCGCUCGAGAGGAUCAUAAAUGUCCUGGCUUUGGGACAAUUCGUCAUUAGCACAGGACUUAUCUGCUUCGCGGGAUUUCAGAUCACAUCGAUGAUGGAGGAUAAGGGACGGCUAAUGAAAUAUUCGACAUUCUUGAACUCUGCCAUAAUGGAACUGUUCAUGUUCAGCUUCAGCGGAAACGGAUUGAUCGAUGAGAGCGAAGCAGUGGGUGAAUCUGCGUACAGUAGCGAAUGGAUCGGUAGCAAAUACUGCAAGAGUCUUCAGAUAAUGAUGAUGCGUUCGAUGAUACCGUCCAAGAUAACAGCAGCGAAAUUUUAUAGCAUGUCCUUGCAGAGCUUUUCAUCGGUUCUCAGUACGUCGUUCUCGUAUUUCACGGUUCUUCAAGCUACCAAAGACGACUAAUGACCUGAAUGAUGAACGUACAUGCUCGUACGCGACAUGCUUUAUGAUAGUAGCCGGACUCAUCUCACGAUGACUCAACUUACAUAGAAUAUACUUAUAGUCGUUCCACUAGUCUAAAAAUAUCAGUGUACAUACAACAAACAACAUGCAUUUCGUUGUGUUUAGGAUUGAUUACACCGAGGACGUAAGUGAUAAGGAUCAAAUGAUGCGACGAUCAAGGUAACAGGUUCUUUGAAUAAAUCAAAUAAUAAAAUUUUUAUCAAUUAAUUUAACGCUCAUCCAUGGUUCAUCUGAAUC